AUGAGUAUUAAACUAGUUGCCACUGACGAGGCCUUCAAAGAAGCAUUCAAAAGUGCAUCGGACGAUUCAGCUCGCCUUGUGGUUUUAGAUUUUUUUGCCACAUGGUGCGACCCUUGCACUGCAAUAGAACCUGAAGUUGUCGAACUGAGUAGACGUUUCCCCUCUGUUAGUUUUAUCAAAGUUGACGUUGAUACAUGCUCGGAAUGUGUUGCAAAUUUCGGUGUCGUUCAAAUUCCAACUUUUGUCUUUCUCCGUGGUGGGCAAACUAUUGAAACAAUUCGGAAACCGGAUAUGGAACUGUUGCGUGCCCGCCUCAAUGAAUUAACAAAGUCUUCUGGUCCUCCCGCAGCCUCUUCUUCCAUUCCAGCCACAUCAGCUCCCACUAUUGCUCCUGUUCCUGGUCUCAUGGAUCUCGUUUCGAUGCUUGACAAGACUCGUUGCGAGUGUCUCAAUUGCCAUAGCGACCAUGGGCUUGAAUGCGCUUUGACUAAAGAUAUGUCCUAUCUCAUGUCUGACGCAGAUGAACAGCUCAUCAUCUUCCUCACAUUUAAUCAACUAGUCAAGCUGCACUCUCUCAGAAUCACUGGCCCUGAAGAUUCGGGGCCAAAGAACAUCAAGAUCUUCACUAAUCAGACCACCACACCGGACUUUGAUGCUUGUGAAGAUGCAGCACCGGUUCAGGCAUUUACACUUACUCCGAGUCACCUCAAAGCCUCGUCCCUUAUCCAACUGAAGUACGUCAGGUUCCAGAAUGUCAACAGUAUCACCAUCUUCAUUCAAGACAACCAACAGGGUGUGGAACAAACUCGCAUCACAAAUCUCAUUCUCUAUGGCUGUCCGGUGCAGAAUGUUACCAACAUGAAUGAGUUCAAACGGGUUGCUGGACAGAAGGGCGAGGCGCACAGCUAG